AUGCUUCCUUCUAUUACGAGCUCUCCUUCCCCGGACGAGCUUCCUUCAACUUGUAAAAACUCUCCUUCAACUUUAUUUGUUCUCUCUUCGGAAGAGUUUAAUUUUGAGUACAUGGCAGUGCAUGUCCCCAAGAGCAACACUGCAACUUUUCAUUUCUUCACAAAGAAAUUACGGUACAACAAUGAUGCUGAGGAGGAGAAUGCUUAUGUCAUAAGGAAGCAACUUAAGUGGAAAGUGCCCACUAAUGCAUACCGAGAAGGAAAGAUAUAUGGUAUUGAUGCAUCUUCUGGAGUUGCUGUUAUGGCUUUAGGCAUAUCACCGGGGGAUCAUGUGUUGGACCUAUGUGCCGCACCUGGUGCUAAACUUUGUAUGAUAUUAGACCUUCUUGGUGAUUCGGGCUCUGUAACUGGAGUUGAUGCUGCAAGGCAUCGGUUGGCAGCGUGUAGAACAAUGCUGCAGAAGUAUAAACUGGGUGAUAGAUGCCGGCUUUUUGUUGCUGAUGGAACAACAUUUUCAGUUAUUCCUGAGGGGUUUCGUUCUGAUUCUGAAUCAUACGAGUCUAGAUCGGAAGAAAGAAUGGACGUGUUCAAGGAGUGGACAUCUAGAAGACCAUGGAAAGAAAGGAAAAAAGCAAAGAAGUGUGCCACUCCACAAGUGGUGUCUAAGUCUCACCCUCCUGAACUCAUAUAUUAUGGACAGCAUUCUGGAGUUAUUGGUCUUACUAAAGGAGAAUUAUAUAAGACUGUAGCUGAAAAUGAGAUUGCAGGCUAUGGCUAUGACAAAGUCCUUGUGGAUGCAGAAUGUACUCAUGAUGGUUCAGUUAAACAUAUUCAAAAGUUUGAACAUUGGGGUUGGGUAACUCUUCAACGUCGUGUGCUGGAUGCUGAGAGGACGGAUAAUUUACAUGCUCUUCAGGCAAAGACUUGUUAUUCUCUUGAUCUAUAAUUUACAUGCAUACCU